CAGAUAGCAAGUUGCCACUGUCUUCUAGAAAUGAUGUACUAUUACUCAACAUUAGCACAAUGAAGGAAUGUCAUCUACCUAUUGGAAAAAGAGUUUUGGUAAAAUCAGCACGAACACAUGCAAAGAUUGUGUGCAUGGUAUGGCCCUCAUCAGGAGUUUCACCUGAGGGUGCAGCUUUAACACCACUGUCUCUUGUGAAUAGCCAAGUUUCAGCUGGUGAUAUUGUCACUGUCGGUACUAUAGCAAGCCUCUGUCUGCAUGCUGCAAGGGUGGAACUUGAGCUUUGGUAAGCUGUGGAUUGUUUUGUUUCUGAUGAAACUGUGAUAAUGACCAUGAACCUGAAGUCUCUGUGGAGGCGUGGUGGCCUCAUGGUUAGUGUGCUCGCCUCUGGAUUGAGUGGUUUGGGUU